ACAAAUGUGUGCGCAGUUGAUCAGAAUCGAAAAUGAAAGUAGGCCAUUUUUAAAGAAAUAAUGAGUGAAGCAGAAAAAGUCCCGCCAGCCGAGGAAUGCGAAAAGAGAUGCCAGGAGUUUGCGGCGAUUACGAGCACAGACUCAGCUCUCGCCAUGUUCUACUUGCAGGACAGGGACUGGUGCCUCGAUCGUGCUCUGAACUCGUACUUCGAAGAGAGCGCUUCAGGGUUGUCCGGAGUCGAGGCAACAACAGGUGAAACAGAAGCCAGCAGUUCAACAGAAGCUGCAGCACCCUCAGUAAAACAACUUGGAUCAACCCAACCAUACCGUAUCCGUGUCCUGUCUUGGAAUAUUGAUGGACUGGAUAAGCAGAAUCUUAAAUCCAGGACUAUUGGCGUUUGCAAUGUCAUAAAACAUGAGGACCCACAUGUGGUUUUCCUACAGGAAGUGGUGGAGGAGACAGAGGAAAUCAUUCAGGAGUUGUGUCCCUUGUAUCACAUGAUUCCAGGGAAUACUGAGGAGUAUUAUACUGCCAUCCUGGUUAAGAUAGGGGAGGUUCAAGUAGAAGACACAAAAGUUCUGCCCUUCAAAAACUCUGUUAUGAUGAGGAACCUCCUUUCUUUAAAGUGCACAGUGAAGGGAGAGAAGUUUAACAUGAUGACAGCCCACCUGGAGAGUACAAAGGAUUACAGCAGCGCGCGGAAAACCCAACUGCAGCAGUGCUUCAAGUAUGCACUAAACAGGGAACCAGACAGGACCGUUGUGUUUGGGGGAGACCUGAACCUCCGGGAUAAAGAGAUCACAGAAAUAGGGGGCCUUCCUGAGGGCAUCCUGGACAUGUGGGAGGUGACGGGCAAGCGCCCAGAGGCGAAAAACACCUGGGACCUUCUGCGGAACGAUAACCUUCAGAUGCCGGGCAAGUUUCAACCUCGGUGCCGGUUUGACCGCAAGUAUGUCCGACAUUCCACGCCUGCUGUUGUGAAGCCGGAGUAUUUUGAACUGUGCGGGAUUGAGAGGCUGAAAACAUGUCAGAGGUUCUGUUCUGACCACUGGGGACUUCUCACACAUUUUAAUAUAUUGUCCAAAGUGCCAAAGUGAGGCAUAUUGUGGAUUGACAUUAGCCGUUUGUGUUCCCCAAAAUUAUGUUCCAAAUUUAUUUUAUUAACCAGGUUUCAACAAAGUGAAACCCGGUUAUUAGAGUGACUUACGUCAUUGGUGCUAAAUAACUUUAGUUGGGGUUGACUUAUUGUUACUGAACUUGGUAUGUAGGAAGAUAUUUUGAGAACUUUCAUGUGAAAACAUUUAUGGCCCCUAGGGUCAAGGUCAAGGUCACUGUUAAUAAAAAGAGAAAAACAAUUAAAACUGAAUUCCACAACAAGGUCUGCAACUCUUCUGUCAAUCCUGGUGUUGUUGCAUACAGAGUUUCUUGUUUCCAGGUAAAACCAGCGUUCAUAUUUAACCAUUGUGCUCGGUAGUUUUCCAUGUUUUAAUAAAUGUAAUUGUUAUAAGUUUAUACUUCAAUGUUUAGAAGGUGUCAACGAUUUCUUAAACCCUUAAGAAAGUUUGUUGUACUUUUAAUUAUGGCCCAUGUUAUUGUAAUGCUUGCUGUGUUAUGUUUGUAACUUGUUUACAUGGAAAUUGUUUAUGAUUAUGGUGCUUUGUUUGUGUCCAAAUAACUAUAAGGACAUCAUGGAACAGAAUUACUUCAAUGUUUUGGAUAUAUGUUAUGUUUUGGUAUUUGUGUGUUAAUAAUAAUAUAUCCAGGAUUUAAAGGUCAGAUAUAACCAUGCUUAGACGGAUUAAAGUUUAACCGUCUGUCUGAAUGGCCUCAGACUGGAUUUGAUAUAGAUUAAUGUUGCAUUAUAGCCCUACUUGUUGUUUUGUUAUGUACAUAUGUUUCAUUUAAAUAAAUGUUCAAAACAUAGAAG